AUGGAAGGAACACGUACCGUACAGGCCUUCAGUUGCCCGUUGAGAUUGCUCAAAUGCGCCUUUUUCUGGUCAUCAGUAGUGAUGAACUCCAUUACCGCAGGUGGCAUUUUCUGCUUUCCGCUAAUUGCACCGUAUUUGUCCCAACACUUGCAUCUGACACAGCCCGAGAUGUCCAGUAUUGUUCUCGCUGGUAUGAUGGGGCAGUACCCGUUUGCUAGUGCAUGGGGAAUAGCUGUCGACAAAAUUGGACCUUGGUUCUGUUCUUUGGCAGCAGCUAUCCUGCUAUCAACCUCGUUUGGGACAUUUUCUUAUCUUUUAUCGCAUGAAGGCAACUUUUCGCAUCGCUGGUUGGUGCUGCUGUUCUUCCUUGCUGGAUCGGCGGCAGUUGCAUCCUACUUUUCUGCUUUAUUCGCUACCCGCUAUCAAGCAAGACCUGGUGGCCUCGCAACCAGUGUCCCCCUUGCGCUCUUCGGCUUAUCACCUCUGUUCCUGUCAUACGUUGCGUCCCUACCAACUUUCCAGCUUGAAAGCGGAGAGCUUGACGUGCCUCGGUUCCUUUGGUAUUUGGCUGUGGGAACAGGCGGGAUUCAUCUCAUCAGCACAUUCGGGCUUCGAGUUAGAUACGACCUAACUUCGAUAGAUGAUCCCAUCACCGAGGUGCCUAACCCCAGAGAAAACCUAUCGGAGCGAACACCUUUGUUACAAAAGACGCUCAUCACACCCCCCAACAGUCCGCCUAGGCCCGUAUUGGAGUAUCGAGAGGAAGACGGCUCAGUAAUCGCCUUAUUAUCUGACUCCUCAUUCUGGGUAUUCGCGACCGUGUUCCUCGUCAUCACUGGCUCGUCCGAAAUGGUGAUCUCCAACAUUGGGUCGAUUGUUAUGACUCUGCCAGGAACCGAUAAUACGGCCACACAAGUUCGUCUGAUUUCUAUCGCGAAUACGCUGGCGAGGUUGUGUUCGGGGCCGCUCGCCGAUCUCAUCAGCCCGCUCGCCGAAAAGGAUGCAUGUGGCUCCUAUAAAUUUCCUACCAACCGCCGACUGAGCCGUAUGAUAUUCCCGUGUUGGGCUCUGGUUUGCCUGUCCCUAGUGUACUUCUGGACUGCAUUUGGGAUACAGUCGACUAGCAGUCUGCCUGUACUAUCUGUGGGAACCGGAUUGGCCUAUGGCGCAGCCUGGGCUGUCAUUCCGAGUAUCACGGGAACCGUUUGGGGCUUCGAGAACCUUGGUCGCAAUUUCGGGAUUGUGUCCUACGCACCAUUCAUCGGGACACCCAUAUUCACGUACCUAUAUGCGUGCAUUGGUAGCGAAGACUGCCAUGGCCGCAACUGCUGGAGCACCACUUUCCUGAUUUCCGCCGGUGUGAUGUGCAUGUCACUUGUCGGUGUCGUAACGUUGUGGAACCGAUGGAGCAUAGAUGUAUUUGUAUCUCGUAAAGACCUUUCUAGUUAUGUUUUGUACAUCGCACUUUCUGUUUUGUAUGGCUUUGAGCGAGCCUUAUUUAUGCACAAAUACACCAAGUACUUGGACCCUUAG